UCCCAUUUGUUGUGAAUGUUUACGUUGUUUUAUGAUAUUCAAAAUAUUCUAAAAAUAAAGUCUAUAAUUUCCACGAAUAUCUGUGUUCUGUUUCUUUUUUUAUUUUGCAAAAAUAAUAAAUUUCAGGAUUACACAAUCAAGUUGUUAACCUCGGUCGACAUACUCGCAAAAAUGUCAUUCGAAGGGAAGUACAACGCGAAAAGCCCGGCUGUGAAAAGAUUAAUGAGGGAAGCUCAAGAACUUCAUGAAGCUACAGAAGAAUAUUGUGCAUCUCCUUUAGAAGACAAUCUUUUUGAAUGGCAUUUUACUGUGCAAGGCCCACCAUCUACAGAUUUUGAAGGUGGUAUUUAUCAUGGUAGAAUUUUAUUACCACCAGAAUAUCCAAUGAAACCUCCAAAUAUUAUACUUUUAACACCUAAUGGACGUUUUGAAACUAAUAAAAAGAUUUGCCUCAGCAUUUCUGGACAUCAUCCAGAGACAUGGCAGCCUUCAUGGAGCAUCAGAACAGCUUUAUUGGCUUUAAUUGCUUUUAUGCCAACACCAGGAAAUGGAACAAUUGGUUCUUUAGAUUAUAGCAAAGAAGAAAGGCAGAAACUUGCAAAAAAAUCUUUAAAUUGGCAAUGUGAUACGUGUGGCAAAGUUGUUGAUUUGUUGUCUAAAAAUACUGUUAAAAAACCCAUCACAGAAGAAGAACAAACUAUGUUAAAUACAAUAGCAUUAAAGGCUGAUGAUUCACCCACAUCUGAUACAUCCUAUUUACUUAAUACAGAUGGCAUUUCAGAAAAUCAACUGAGACAACGUGGUGUUGAACCAAUUAAUGAGACUGAAGAUCAACAGCAAUCAACCAUCAUAAUAAAUCAACAAAUAGAAACAAUGUCAUCAUCGAACGAUUUAUUUUGGAGCAUUCUAAUUGCUUCUUUAGUAUCAGCUAUAAUUUUACUUGUUUUACGACGGCUAUUUCUUGUUUAAAUUAUAUUAAAUGUAACAAAAAAUUGAUUGUAAGUAUGUUAACAAAACAAAGUAAAUUUUAUACAUGUUUUAUGAAACAUUUUUAAACUUAAAAAAAGAAUGUCAAAUUUAUACAUACUGAAAAUAAUCAAAAUUUCAUGAAAAUAAUA